AUGCUGGACUUUGAAGACGACGCGUCCGGGCGCGAAAAGUGCUACACCACCAUUGUGUCGCUUCCUGCCUUCAUCGACCCCAAACAGCCUCCGACUAAGAAGUCGCCCUUCUCGGCCAUUGUGAACCAUGCAUUUGUGCAUACGACAGAAGUCCUGUUGCCGAAGGAGAUCUAUUCAAGUAUCAAGGACUCGCUGGAUACGGAACUCCAGAGACUUCGAUAUGCCAGAGUAUUCAUGUCUCCCUCUGCACUGCUGGAGGGAGAAUUUUUUAAUACGUACAUCAAGUCAGGCAAUGUUCUGAUGAUAUCAGAAGGACGAUCAGGCUCUGACAACGUUUUCACACUCAGAGAUGGCAUCCUACGCCUAGAGCUAGGAAAGGAGAUCUAUGAACGAACAGGACUGACAGGGAAGCCCAUCCGCAGCGGAGGGAGGAAACAUGCCAAAGAAAGAUAUCUUAUUGAACUCAAUCUGCGUUUACCCUCCAUGCUCCAUGGCAAGAAAGGAUUCGACAGGAUCGUCUGGGCAUUCAAGAACGUCCUCGAUCAAUCUGUAGCUUGGCUUUUCUAUGAUCUGACGUCAGGAGUCCAGGGGAUUUCGAAUGGCGAUCUCUUGCUCAAGGGCAAUCACCCACAUAUCAUUGACUGCGAAGUGAUGCGUACCGAGCACCGCAACGUUCUCACUCCCUCCUUCAAUGAAAAAGACUUCACAGAAGCCCCUUCAGAGGAUCUCCUGAAAGACAAGUGCGAGGAUCUCUCCGAAUGGCUGGCGAUGGUUGCCCUCGACUCGCCACGAGUUUCCAAAGACGACGACAUCGACCCGUAUCUAAGUCGCUACAGUGUCCCGGACAACGAGGACCGCAAUUCUACAGAUCUAGUCUCCAUGCAAUGGAAGGCUUUCAUCCCUCCAAGCUGGAUUCUAGCUCUGUUCACCACCUUGCUACGAGAGACCGCCUCAAAGACUUCCCCAGCGUCGACAUGGUUUGCACUUUCAUCAGGCGCUCUUGGAAGGGAAGCAAUAGAAGCGAAAGAUGGAUAUACUAUUUUGUUGUUGCCAUCGGCAGUAGAUGCUGAAAGCGCCUCGGGUGGUCCGGAUAGAGGUGCAGAUACUCGAACCCGGGGCAGUCGAUCGUGUAUCUGCUGGGAAUAUGUAGGAGCCUCGGUUUUAUAA